AUGACUGCUUCUGUUUUCCUGCCUUCUCUUGUAUUCUCACUGACUCUAUUCUUUGAUGCCUUCUUCAGAUUUGCCAAAACGAAGGACUACAUCUUCAAGUUGAGUGGCCUAAUUUGCAGUACAUCAGCUUUGGUGUUUGAAAUCAUCCUUGCAAACAGCCAAUGCUGGCGCAUGUGGGAGUUCAACAACAAGGCUGUGCAAUUUGUAUCACUUGGACUCUGGGAAGCUUAUUACACUCAGGACUUUAACAUCUCUGGGUCUAUGACCAGGAUGUUGUUCCACAUUCCUAUCAAUUCAACCUGGAACAAGACAUCGGAAUUUCAGUAUUUACAAGUCCUGAUAAUGUGGUCCAUUUUGAUGAAAAUUCUAGUCUUGAUUUUCAGUUCAGUGGCCAUUAAGAUCAGCUGUAUGGAAGACCCAUUCAUUGAGAUCCAACUGUUUUGCUAUAAGAUGUCUGCCAUAAUUUUGGCUGUGAGCAGCAUUUUCACACUUGUUACUGUGACCUUGAACCACCUGGUAGACAUCUAUGGGGAAACCACUCUUGAAUUUUCACCUGACUUUCCUGUUAAAAAGGAGGACAUUAUAAAGAAACACUACACAAAUGUGUUCCCAAUGGGUGUUCUUACAACCGUGAUGUCACUCUUUGGCACAAUUUUUUUUCUCUAUGCGAUGAUCUCUUUGACAGUACAGAGUCAGGUGAAGGUCCAGUGUGCUUCCAACCUGGCUGAGCAAAAGGCCUGA